AUGCUCGGCUGGGAAACAUGGAAGCAUCUCUCCCACCUCCCUACCCUUCUCAAAUUGGAAAUUGAUCGAGGGUACGAGGACCCUCCUUCGCUAUCAAACCGAGAUAUUGUGAACUUAUCAUUCCUUAACAUCACGAGCCUUUCCUUUCGACAGCUGUACAAUUCUGCAAACAUCAUCACAGUCAUGCAACACUCGCAAUUUCCCUCGCUGAAAGAGUUCAAGUUUCGAGCCAACUAUCUGUCUCUUGAAGAGGCCGAGCAACUCUUCCAUGCUCUGUCCCACUGCAAAGCGUGUCGGACUCUAGAAGAAAUCAUCAUCUGUUGUCUUGAAGCCGAACUCCAAUCCCACGAGUUUUUGACACCAACUCCGCAUUUCCUUUGCUUUACACAGCUCCAAACCCUGCAGCUCAUGUUUACUGAUUUCUGCAUCUCCCUAGACAAUGACAUGCUCUUGCAAGCUAUGUCUAUUUGGCCGCAUAUCCGCACUCUGGAAAUCGACUACUUAGACGCCUAUAUUUUCUCUUCCGAGGUCACCCUCCAUGGAUUAUUCACAGCGCUCAGUCUAUGUCCACAUUUGCAUAGACUAAAAAUUCCAAUCAAUAUUGCAACUAUCGACGUUGAUCCUGAUGCCGAGCCAAUACAACAUACCUCCCUACGAUCAUUGGAAUUGGAGACAUCAUCUGAAAUAGCAGAUCCAGAAACUCUCGCUGGCAUCAUUUCCGCCUGGCUCCCUUGUAUCUACCGAGUUCAAAACCUGGGUGUGGAUUGGGAUGAAGUCAACAUGGAUCUUAGAUUUUUGAAAGUGGCUACUGCGCCGUAUGGCACAUAUGGGAGCCUCCUAAAAUAAUUGAGUUUGGAAUAUCUUCACGUCCGGGAAUGUUGUCACAUACCUUCGAGUUCUUUCGUUCUUUCGUUAUCGUUGUCGUAUCUGUUGGCUGUAGUUAUAAACCGCUGUACUAGU